UGUUGUAUAAGCGUGGGAAUAUUGAAGGUCCAUCGGAGACCCCGCCAUGGACUUUGUAAUUUCGGUCGCGUGCUCGCCUCGAGGAUGAGUCGUGUUUCCGCUCUUGCUCCUGACCUUUAUCUGAGACAAUGACUGAAAUACUGUACAGACAGUAUGUAGGCGAAUCUGAUUUACCACACAUUAUGGCGCUCGUGCAGAGUGAGCUCAGUGAGCCGUAUGUCAUAUACACAUAUCGCUAUUUUCUCCAUCAAUGGCCACAACUUUCUUUUCUCGCAAUACCUGCGGGAUCGUCGGAACCGAUAGGCGUCAUAGUGUGCAAGCAGAGUAUGCACAAGCAUGCCUCGAAUAGAGGCUACAUCGCCAUGCUCAGUGUUAGCAAGAGCUGGCGCAAACGUGGUGUAGCAAGCACGUUGGUCAGACGAUCGGUGGAGGUCAUGAGACGACAUGGAGUUGAUGAGGUCGUUCUUGAAACCGAAUAUGAUAAUGCGCCAGCUCUUUCCCUCUACGAGUCCUUGGGAUUUAUCCGCGAGAAACGGCUGUAUCGAUUUUACCUCAAUGGAAAGGAUGCGUUCCGUUUGGUCCUCGCCGUCCCUCCAUCAGAAUUGGAUCGAGACCUUCCCCACUUCAUGAAGCUUUCUCCCACCAACGCUAUUUUCUCCUAUCCAGCUGCUUCAGACGACGACGAGGUCUCAUAUCGUUGAUGAUUCCCAGUCACACGACCAAUAUCAUUUCCCUCUGACCCUAACAUCCUAAUCUGGCUUUAGCCAUAAUGGCCCCUAGCUGUACAACAACAACACCGUCUCAGUUGUAUAACCCGUGUCAAGGCACUAGUAUACCCCACAUACAUGUGUAGUGAUAUUUGUAGUAAUAUUUUGAUGUAGUCCAUUGUUCACAGGAUCGUGAUUCGAAUUUCAGAUAUGAAGUUCCUGUCCCCGGUAGCUUACUACGGCGCAAGAUGGUGAGUGAGUGUCGUGGCAUCAAUGUCGACCUCGCGUGCAGCUAAGAAGGCGAG